AUCUCAUACGGCUCAGUCAACGAUUUCAGACCUAUACUAAAAUCGUUGGCCCGGUCAGGUUUCUGCUUGACAGGUGUGGCAGUUAUGAUAACAGUUCGAGUGGAUUCUUCAGUCAACGUCUGUGGUGAUGAAGACUGCGAGCCAGUAUGAUGUGAAUUAUUUAAAUGGGAAAUCAGAUUUUCAUACUAAGAUGAGGCUGGGAAACGUUUAUCACGAGCCGAACUCGCGACACUCGCGUUAUGUAGAUUAUGUACAUAUAUAUAACAAUUGAUUAAAUCCGAAUAUAUCACGAAGACUAAUAUAGCACUGUAUUUGCUGCAUCGCUACUGUCACCAUUGUGUUGUUGACAUUGAAAAUCAAAAAUCGGAGCUAUAAUCCGUAAUUAUUGGAAGUGUCUAGUUUGACGUGAACGAUUGAAAUAUUUUUCUGUGUGGUUGAUACUAUUAUACAGUAUUUUGAGAUCUCGUAUUGUAUUGAUUAUGCGACUAGCUAGAAAUAUUGUCAUAGGGUUAUGUGUAUCUUGUAAAUUUUGAAUUACGACGGCAGUUUAGAUUGUUGACCAAAGUCAAAUUAUAUGAAUAUUAUAUUCGAAAAUGGGUGCUAAUACCGUAGACAUCGAUUUGGAUGAUCCAAGAUUCCGCAUUAGACCGUAUCAACAAAUGGUAGCAUCUUGCACCGGAGCUCUCAUUACAUCGAUCAUCGUAACACCGUUGGAUGUCGUUAAAAUUCGUUUACAAACGCAACAGAAGGCCAUGUCUUCUAAUAAAUGUUUUUUGUAUUGCAAUGGUCUCAUGGAUCACUUGUGUCCUUGCCUGGAUGGCAAAAGUCCACCCUGGAUGCAGGCUAAUGGAAAAUUCACCGGCACACUUGAUGCAAUAACCAAGAUCAGCAGAUCCGAAGGGGUCUUAUCUCUAUGGAGUGGUCUGAGUCCCACACUGGUUCUAGCUGUACCUGCAACCAUAGUAUAUUUUGUAUCUUAUGAACAAUUGAGACUAUUUUUCAAGGAUACUUACAACGAUAGAUAUAAUAAAGGAGGAAAAAAUUCAGCCCAGCCAUUCUGGAUUCCGGUGUUGGCUGGUAGUACUGCAAGAAUCUGGGCGGCCUCUUUAGUUAGCCCAUUAGAGCUCAUUAGAACAAAGAUGCAAUCUCAAAAACAGAGUUACACAGAAAUCGGACAAGCUUUGAAAACAGUUAUCAGAUAUAAUGGGAUAUCUGGUCUGUGGAUGGGCCUGGGAUCAACAUUGUUACGUGACGUACCUUUCAGUGCAAUCUAUUGGCUGAAUUAUGAAACUAUAAAACAAUAUUUUUGGGGAACUCAGCGAACGUUUACAUUUAAUUUAGCAGCUGGAGCUGUAGCAGGUUCCAUCGCAGCUUUGUUGACAAUCCCAUUUGACGUCGUGAAGACUCAUCGGCAAAUAGAGAUGGGUGAGAAAAAAAUUUAUUCAGAGCAACCUGCGCGCAGUGGCAGUACGUACUCUACGAUAAGAUUAAUUUACGGUCAAAAUGGAAUCCGAGGCCUAUUCGCCGGACUAACUCCUCGCCUGGUCAAGGUUGCUCCAGCUUGUGCAAUUAUGAUAGCGACGUUCGAGCAUGGUAAACGAUUUUUCCAGGCAUACAAUGCUAACCAGAUGCUAGAACUCAAGACUUGAAUGCAGCAUUAUGAAGACGAACCAAGCAAUAGCUCAUCCAUCGGAGUUGAUAAUACCGUACAUGAUUCAAAUGCCGGUUCAACUAUGAAUUCUGAUUCUGGAAGACCAGAAAUUUUUAUAAACUCUGGUUUCAAAAUUUAUUCACUGCGUUUAUUUAUAACAAGUUGAGUGAAUGGCAAAUUCGAAGAAUACAAUUAUAAAAAAUGUUCGACAGAA